AUGGCCACCAGCUCCAAGGUAUUUAAGAAGACCUGCCCCAAUAGGAAGCUUUCCAUCUACCUGGGGAAACGGGACUUUGUGGACCAUAUAGACUCAGUGGAACCCAUUGAUGGUGUUGUGCUGAUUGACCCUGAGUACUUGAAAGAUCGAAAAGUGUUUGUGGUACUGACCUGCGCCUUCCGCUAUGGCCGGGAUGAUUUGGAUGUGAUCGGUCUGACGUUCCGCAAAGACCUCUACGUGCAGGCCCUGCAAGUUUUCCCCAAAGAGCCCUCGCAAGACCCAUUGCCCCUCACAAACCUUCAAGAAUGCCUGCUGCACAAGCUCGGUGACAACGCCCAUCCCUUCAUCUUCCAGCUGCCCACCAAUCUGCCCUGUUCAGUGACCCUGCAGCCUGGGCCUGAGGAUGCUGAAAAGGCCUGUGGAGUGGACUAUGAAGUGAAGAGUUUCUAUGCUGAGAAUUUGGAGGAGAAAAUCCACAAGAGGAACUCUGUGCGUCUGAUCAUUCGAAAGGUGCAGUUUGCCCCCCUGGACCUAGGCCCCACGCCCCGGGCUGAGACCACCCGGCACUUCCUUCUGUCUGACCACCCCCUAAAGCUAGAAGCUUGGAUGGACAAGGAGGUUCACUACCAUGGAGAACCCAUCUCCAUCCAUGUUGCCAUCUAUAACGGCACCAGUAAGCUCAUCAAGAAAAUCAAGGUGUCGGUUGACCAGAUUGUGGAUGUCGUCCUGUACUCCGGGGACAAGUACACCAAGACUGUGUUUACUGCAGAGUUUGGAGAGACUGUGCCUGCCAACUCCACCUUCUCCAAGAGCUUCACGGCAACUCCAAGCCUGGCUGCCAACCGCCAGAAACAGGGCCUGGCCUUGGAUGGCAAACUGAAGCACGAAGACACCAACCUGGCCUCCAGUACCAUCCUUCAGCCGGGCACGGACAAAGAGGCUCUGGGGAUCCUAGUGUCCUAUCAAGUCAGGAUCAGCACAGUGGCAUCUCGUGGAGGCAUCCUAGGAGAUCUGACGUCCAGUGACAUGAGCGUGGUGCUUCCUUUGAGCCUGAUGCAUCCCAAACCAUCUGCUGAUGUCACCAGUGAGGAUGUCGUCAUUGAAGACUUUGCUCAGCAGUGGCCGAAACUCCAGGGGGCAGAUGAGACUGAGGAAGAGGCCACGUCCACCGCCUCCGGGACUGAGGACAACUGA